AUGGCUUCUAGCGAACAGGGCGACGUCCCAGAGGAGGUCCAGGAGGUGAUCGAUGCCGCCGAGGACGGGACGCUGGGGAAGAUGACCGCGCCGAAGCUCAAGGCCUUCUGCAAGUACAAGGGCGCCACCGUCGGCGGUUCCAAGCAGGACCUCCUUGCGAGGGCUGCGCGUCUGCUCGGCAAGGAGCCGCCCCCUCCCCCGGAGCCCAAGCGCAAGGCCGAGGGAGCGGGCGGUGGUGCGGCCAAGAAGGCCAAGCCGCAGCCCGUCGAGGGGCCCAAGUACACCGUCGACAUGCGCAAGGGCGCGCUCAGCGGGCCGUCUCUCAAGGUACUGUCGUGGAACGUCGCCGGGCUCCGAGCGCUGCUGAAGAAGGCCCCGGAGGCGUUGCCGCAGUUGUGCAAGGAGGAGCAGCCCGACAUCAUCUGCAUCCAAGAACACAAGUUGCAGGAGAAGCACGUGGAGGAGAUACAGGGGGAGGUGCUGGGCGCGCUGGGAGAGGGCUGGCAGGCGCACUUCGUGUGCUCGACCGACAAGGCGGGGUACGCCGGCGUCGCGAUGUUCGUGGCGCCCCCCGCGGCGGACAGCGCUGUUCCCGCCGCGCCCACGUUCACCUCGGGCAUCGGCAUGGCAGAGCACGACAACGAGGGGCGCGUGCAGACCGCGGAGCUACCAGAGUGCUUUGUAGUGAACGCCUACGUGCCGAACGCGGGCGCCGCGGACCCCGACAACGCGAAAAUGCCGAAGCGGCUGGACUACCGCGUCGGUUCCUGGGACCCGGCCUUCUCGGCGUACAUCAAGUCGCUCGAGGGGCGUGGCAAGCCGGUGGUGCUGGUGGGGGACCUGAACUGCGCGCGGGAGCCGAUCGACAUUCACAACCCGGCGGGGAACCUCAAGAGCGCCGGGUUCACGCCCGAGGAGCGCGAGAGCUUCGCCAAGCUGUUCGUGGACGACCUGCAGCUGAGCGACACCUUCCGCGCCAUGCACCCAGGCGUCAUCGGGUACACGUACUACUCGUUCCGCAUGAACAUGCGCGACAAGGGCAAGGGCUGGCGGCUGGACUACGCGCUGGUGUCGCGCGACCUCGCGAGCAAGGUGCAUGACGCGUUCAUCAUGACUGAGAUGCCCAAGUGGUCCGACCACCUCCCGCUGGGGGUGACGCUCAAGCGCCCGCUGUGA